AUGAUUAAUAAUAACAAUAUAUCUUUAUCUUCAUCAUCUUUUAGGUCAAUUCAACCUCUAGGUUAUUUAUUGCUCAUUGCGAGCAUAAUAUCGGUUGUUUUGGGAGCAGCACCGGUAACAACCGACAAGUCAUGUCCCUAUCAACCACUCCCAACAUCGUUUGAUUCUUACAACUAUCUUGGAUUCAAUCAAGAUUUCCAUAUACAAGAUACCUUUUACUAUGACUUUUUAAGUUUUAUCAAGGAUAUUACCUUUAACAUUACAGUACCAAGUGCCUUUAGAUUCUAUGUUGCACCACAUACCGUAGAUGUUGAUAUUUGGUUAUAUCAUAGUGAUCCUAGUAAUAAAACUCCAGUCACUCAUUCUACAGAUUCAACACCAGGAUUAGAUGAAACUGUUUUUGCAACUUUAGCUCCAGGUUCAUAUAAAUUACGUUUGCUUUUCUUUAAAGCUGCUUCUGGUUCUAAAAUGGCUUGUCCAACUUUAACUAUUGAAGCUGCUAUUUCCCCAGUUGCAACUGUUAAUACCAAUGUAGCAGCAACUGUUUGUCCAGCUAGCCAAAAUCAAUUCCCAACAUUGACAUUUGAUGUUUCAAGUGGAAUUUAUAGAUAUGAUUCAGAUGUCAAUGAUGCUGCAACUGUAUUCAAUUUUGUUGAUCAACAAGCUACCGGUAAAGCAAACAAUCUCACCUAUGUCAAGGGUUACAACUUUACUCUUCCAUCUGAUGUCAUUGCAACUGAUAAAUGGGGUGUUGAAGUUACCAUUGGUUCUCACUUUUUAACUGGUGGUAGUGUUGGUGUAAUGAUUGUUAAUCAAAAUAUGACAAUUCCACCAAUUCAAACAGGAUUAAGUGCAUGUUUACAAAAUGAUGGUUGUAUUAUUGGUCAACAUAUUACAAAGGGUCAUUCAACAUUGAAAUCAGUUUUAAUUCCAGGUGAUUAUACUCUUUGGAUUUAUGAUCAAACUCAAGAAAAGGAUUUCACCCUCUCGGGAGCAUGCACCAUUUUCUCUUUGGCCAUUGACAUUGAAUCUGCUCACGAAACUGAAACUUUCCUCAAUUGUGAUUCCUACAAUCUUCCAACUUCAUUUGAUGAUCCAGGUUUUAUCGAUGAUGGUGGUUAUCUUUAUUUUGCUGAUAAUGUUUUCUUGGAUCUUUUAACUGGUUCUGAUAUUGUUAAUUUUACAAUUGAUACACCAAGUUAUAUUAGAGUUUAUAUUCCAGAACAUAGAGUUGAUAUUGAUGUUGAAAUCCUUGAUAGUUCUGAUGGUUCAAUUGUAACAUCAUCAUUUAAAUGGGGAGGAGAAGAAGAUAUUACAGCACAAUUGACACCAGGAAAAUAUGCAAUCAAGGUAAUGUUUUUUGGUAAUAAUAUUGAUACAUUUUGUGAUACAUUUUACAUUGAAAUUGGUAUUGCACCAACUACCGAUUACACUACACUAAACUAUUGCAAUGGUAUUACUGCCAAUGUAUUGCCCGAUGUUAGUGGAAUGUCUACUUUGAACGCUGCCGGUGAAUACUAUUUCAAUGGUACACAAUUCUACCAAAUGUUUUCUGGUCAGUCGAAUCCAGUCACGAUCGUGUCGCAGACAUUCAAUCUCACUCAGGUAUCAUACUUUUAUGCCGCCGCUGGUUUCAAUUUUAUCCUCGGUGAUAUCCGUCUCUCGGUGACAUUGGACAACCAAGACGACGACGGAGACGAACAGACUGUUGUCUAUGACGGCGACCACUCGCGUAACUUGAAUCAACUCGUUCUCACCCUCGAACCUGGAAACUACACUUUCCUCGUCACAACCGCUUCGACCUCUAAAAACUCUACCUACUUCCCACCAUGUGUUCCAUUCUCGUUGAAUGUGUCGAUCGAGUCUGCUGAAGACGACGAUCCAUGUUGGGGUACAGCCAACUAUUUCCCGACCAGUCUCAACGUGCCUGCCUACCUCGGUACAUCCACCUCGAUCCAGAUCACCGACACUUUCCUCGUGCCACCCGUCAAGUUGAUUGUCGCACCCGCCUGGACAACCACCUUUACCGUCUCGGUCGACUCGUACUUCCGUGCCUACUCGCAACAAGAUUCUAUCGACGUUGAUCUCACCCUCAAUGAGAAUGGCAAGCGUGUUGUGUGGAGCAACCAAUUCAACGGCGACGAAUCCAUCGAGUAUGUGCUCACCAAGGGCAAAAACUACACUUUGGUCACCAGCUUUUACAAGUGGCCAUUGUACCCCUCGAGCGACUGCUACACCUACACUGCUCAACUCUCGAUUGCCCCUCAAUCCGAGAAACCAAAGGACGUAUGCAACCCCGCCGUUCUCCCACCCCUCAACUGGAUUCCCAACGCUUCUGCCACCGUUUUUGACCAAACUGGCGACUUUAUGUUUACUCAAAACACUACCCAAUUCUCAACCCAAUUACCAUUCUCUGUAACCAAGCAAAACGCCUUGUUCCGUGCAAUCAUCACUUUUGACUUUGUCUGGAAUGAUGUCAUGAUUGCUUUGUUCCAAGCUGAUGGUACUCUUGUCAUUUCCGGUACAACAUUCUACAACAAGGUUGAUAUCUUACCCACAUUGCUUUCCCAAGGUAAUUAUUACCUUCGUGUCUAUGAACCAUUCAAACCAAGUAGUGGAAAGUUCAAUAUCAACACUUGUGUUGAAUUUACUUUGCGUGUCGCUUUGCAACUUGCCGACGACGCAUCUACCAACCAAGAUACUAUUGUCUGUCAAUCCUUACUCUUCCCACAAACCUUCAACUCGAUUGGUUACCUUUCUACCCUCACUGGUCAACAACUCUACUUCCAACAAACAGUCCUCGCCGACGUUCAAAAUGCCAAAGACAAUGUUCAAUUUACUUUGACCACCAAGUCACUUGUCCGUAUCUAUAUUCCAGUCCACUCAUCACUUGAUAUCGAUCUAGUACUUGCCAACGCAGCCACUGGUAAGACCAUCUCCUCUUCACGUACCACUGGUGAAGAAAUCACCUACAACCUCCUCAGUCCAGGUACCUAUCUCAUCAAGUUUACCUACUAUGGAUUGAACGGUCCACUCCCCAAGGUCGAAGACUGUGUUGAUUUCCCCAUCUUUAUUUCGAUUGUACCAACAUCGACUUUGGAUGCUGUCCCAUCGAUCACUCAACAAUGUGAUGCAUCGGCAACUGAUUUACCCGAUUUUAUCAAUGGCAACCAGUUGUACUCUGGCACGUUUAUGCGUAGUCUUGCAGUUACCCAACAACCACAAUCAAUGGUGUUUACCAUCAAUCAAACCGGUCUCUUUACCACCACCGUCCAAUACAAUGAUGCUGUUGCCUCGCUUGCCAUCAAGCUCAACAGCACUAUCAUUGUCAAUGGUAUCUCUACUGUCAAGUACUACCACGCUCUCUAUGAUGGUGGUCAAGCAUACAUCAAUGAGGUUCUUCCAGCCGGUAAAUACCAACUCAAUGUAUACGACCCCUAUUCGUCUGUCUCUCCCUACAACAAUGUACAAUGUGCUACCUAUACACUAGGAUACUUCCUCAAUACUAGUACACCAGCCGGACAAACUUGCAGUACCACCAAUGUGCUCCCAUCCUCACUCAAUUCCAACUCUGCCACACCUUAUGGCGGUCCACAAAACUCGGUCAAUGGAGAGAUCCUCUUUAUGAAUGACCAUUUCUACCUCUCCAAUGCUGCCGACAAGAAGCACAACUACAUCACCUUUAACGUUCCCAAAGAACCAGUUUACAUGCGUCUGUAUGCUUCACCCGACCCCAACAAUGACAUUGAUUUCCAUCUCUACACCAAUGGAUCUGAUCCAAACAGUUUGAUCUACAGUUCCUUCUCCAAUCAAGCUGAAGAGUCGUCACUCUGGUUACUCCAACCUCAAUCGACCCCAUACACACUCGAUGUCAUGUUUUUCCGUGUCAACAAAAAGUCACCAUGCAACUAUUUCCACUUUGAAUUGGCCAUUGAAACUGUCACACACAUUACCAAUGACUUGCUCUGUCCAAACCCACUCCCCAAUGAAGUUGAUCAAGUUCCACCUGAAUCAAUCGAGUUCCCAUACGGACAAGAUGUUACCCUCGGUUCAGACACUUAUCUCUUUACCUAUGCUCGUAUUCAAAACAAUCUACGUCCAGGUAGCAAUGUUUUCAGAUACCGUAUGUCACUCGAAGUAUCUGCUCCACUCGUUCUCUAUGCCGAAGUUGGAUACGACUAUUUGGAUAAUGAUUUUGCUCUCUCCUUGUCAACUCACAAUGUCGAUGGUAGCACCACACUCGUCACUACCGGUCAAAAGGGACUCCCAACCUCGACCGACUCUGCCUACAACUUCCUCAAUAUGAUCCAAGUGAAUCUCACCACUGGCAACUAUUUCCUCGACAUCAAUGAGGAUCUCUCUCAAAGUCCAAUGAUUGUAAACUCUUCCAUUUGUCACUUUUUCAGUUUCCAUAUUAUUGCCGAAAGUACUGUAGACGGUAUUGCUCCAAGAAUCUUGGGUAUUCUUCCACCAAGUGGAUUCAACCUCAAUCCAGCACUCCCACUCAUCCUCAACGUACGUUUCUCUGAACCCAUCGGAUACAACCUCGCUCAAAACCUCCUCGACUAUAUCAACAAUCUCAACGCUGUCUACCUAAAGACUGACAAGAUUGGAAUACUCGUCCAACCAAACUCUGCUCAAAUCAAAAAGAAGGACAAGACCACUUUGGUAGUCACCUUUUUCCCAGUCAACGCCAGUGCAUUCUACACUCUCAAUGUUGAUGCUUCCCAAUUCUCAACACUCAACGGUGUCAAGUUUGCCCAAGAAAACUCGUCUGCUCUCCAUAUUUACAAUAUGUUCCAAUGUGAUUGCUCGGGUCACGGUACUUGUAUCAGUGCCAAUAACGACUGGUCAUGUGUUUGUACCGAUCCAUGGGCUGGUUCUGAUUGUAGCAAGUGCAAGAAUGGUUAUCAUGGUGCCGGUAACACUUGUAUCCAAAAUACUCAAUGUCAAGCCGACAGCUGUAACGGCAACGGUAAAUGUAACGAUCAAGAUGGUUUCCCAGAAUGUACUUGUAAUCUAGGUUUCACGACCACCGAUCCAACUGAACUCUGUGGUUCAUGUGACUAUGGUUACUAUGGUUAUCCAAAUUGUUCAAUGAGUUCUGAAGAUGAAGGUACACUUUGUAUUGCUCCACUCAUGCCAUCUUCACUCUCUACCAUCGAAUACCUCACCUACAACAACCGUCUUCAUAUUCAAGACAAUUAUUACAUUGAUAUGGAUAGUGGUAGUCAUACCAUCUUUAUCCAAAUCACUCAACCUUCGGUGAUGCGUGUCUACUCUGAACCACACAAGGUCGAUAUUGAUCUCUGGCUCUAUUCACUCAAUCCAGAUGGAUCGUACGCACAAAACGUCGAUCGUGGUAUCACCUUUGGUCACGAAGAAGUUAUGCUCGACACUCUCCCAGUUGGCAACUAUGCACUCGUCUUUAAGUACUAUCUUUGGGAUCGUUCGAUUACCAUUGAUUGUGAAACAUUCAACAUGGAACUCCAAAUUGACACUACUGCAGACCUCGCCGAAGAUAUGGCCAAUUGGUCGGACAUUUGCGACCAUCCAGGCAACAUGACCGAAAUCCCCGCCUACUUUGUCUUGAACAAGCCAUACAGCUCUCACUCUACCGCCACCUACACUUUACCAUACUCGGGUACUGGUGCACAAGGUAUCUAUUUGUGGAAUACAACCUUUACCGUUCAACCACCACAAGUUGGUCAAGUAGGUCUCCUCAACGCUGCCAUUGGUUAUCAAUUCCUUCAAGGUGAACUCGCAAUCGUUCUCCAAAGUGGUAUUGGACAACCCAAGUGCAAGGGAGGUGAUCAAACUGGUGUUACUGGAUGUGUAUUUGGUGACAAUGAAAUCAACCGUAAUGUACUCAAUGCAGUUCUCCAACCAGGCAACUACACCCUCUUUAUCUAUGCCCCAGCACAAAUGUACGUUAUGGAUUGUGCUGCCUUUGAUCUAAACAUUGACAUCUCCUUUGUCAAUGACGACGAAGAUUAUUUCAACUGUGACGGUGAACUCUUGCCAUCAUCAUUUGAUAACAGUCAAUUCUUGAGAAAUGGAUAUCUCCACGUUCAAGACCUCUACUAUAUGGAUCAAACACAUUACACUGUCAGUUUUACCCUCGCCACAACCAGCUAUGUUAGAAUUGCAGCUGACCAAGAAGGUGCCACCAUCACCCUAUCACUCUACGACCCAGUUGCCAACCAAACCUAUGUCAAACAAGGAAUGGUGUUUGUUGCCAUGGCUCAAGGUCAGUUUGUGCUCACUGUCUCGACCGACUAUGUCGCAUCGUCAAUCAAUUUCUGUCCACUCAUGAAUAUGGAGAUUGAAAUUGAACCAUCUCCCCUCGUUGCCACUACAUCGUGUCCAGCCGAUGGUCGCGAUCGUGUCCCACUUAUCCCCAACGUUCACGUUCCAUUCACCUUUGAAUCUACCCUCAAUCCACGUAAUACCUACUAUUCAUUCAUGAAGCAAACCACCGCUGUCGCACAAUACUCUUUCUCCUUGUCUGGUGUUACCAACUUUUACACUGCCGUCGCUUCUGACUUCCUCCGUAGCGAUCUCCGUGUCAACUUGUACCGUCGUCUUAUCGGUGGUCAAUACACCCUCUUUAUCUCUGGUUUCCACGACUAUAACUAUAACUUUAUCGAUGCCAACCUCGAUCCAGGAAGUUAUCUCCUCAAGAUUGAACGUCCCAACUUUUACUACAAUGCCACCGGUCUGCCAAACUGCACACCAUUCGAGUUUGAAUUCUCGCUGGUCCCACUCUCCAAGGUUGCCUUGUGUGCCGGUGAACGUAUCCCACAGACACUCAACAGCGUCCGUUUCCUCGGUCUCGAAGGAUUCAUGCAUUACGAGUCAUCCAACUUUAUCGUCCCACCCUCCAACGGUACCAUGUUUAGUUUCCAAAACAUUCCAUUUACCGUUCAACAAGCCUCGAUUAUGCGUGUCUACACUUCACCCAAUGCCAUCGACAUUGACAUUAAAUUGGUUGAUCCAAAUAAUGUUGUCGUUGCAACCGGUAGCAAUGGUUUGAAUGGUGAGGAAUCAUUUAUCACUGCACUCAAACCAAAUGUAGGAUAUACUUUACAAAUCCAAUUCUGGAGAUGGUCAAGCAAGAUUGCAGUAUGCAACAAUUUCAACAUGGAAAUUGCCAUUGGUCCAAACCAAACUGCAUCUGAUCAAUCCAUUUGUACCGGUGGACAAAACCUUUGGCCACAAGAUUUACCAUCGACCCUCCCACCAGUCUACUGGUUCUCUAGUAUGGAUAGUAACACCCCACUCGCCUUCCAACAAUCGGUAGCAUUACUUCAAUCACAUGGCAUGCCAUUCAAGCUCAACAAUCCAGCCAAUUUCCACGCCGAAGUUGGAUUUGACUUUUUAACCGGUGAUCUCAGUCUCAAACUAGUCAAUACCAACACUAAAAAGGUGAUCUAUGGUGAUGUCCGUCCCAACCGAAAUACACUCGACGUGCAAGCUUUGCCAAGUGGUACCUACACUCUCUACAUUUACGAGCCAUACACUGCACUCCCCUCGAUCAUGGGUUGUUCAUCGUUCAACUUUGAGUUGUUGAUUGACCAGACUAGCGCUGCUAUCAACCAAACCGAUGGGUUCUACCAUUACAUCCCACAGUCUCUCGAUACUUACUCGUACCUCAAAUACAACGGUGCCGUCCAUCUCCAAGGUGAAUACCUCAUGUAUGACGACGUUCCCGCUCACAAUACCGUCCAAUUCACCCUAAAGUAUCCUUCUUUGGUCCGUGUUCAAGCUGUCGUACUCCCAUCCGAGGAAGCCGAUAUCUACACUGAAGUAAUCUCCCCACGUAUCUCAAUCUCUACCCAAACCGACGUCUAUGGUAGUGCAUUGGUUGUUCUCCAACCAGGUCUCUACACCAUCACCAUUGGUGAAGCAUUCACUUCAUUCCCAUUACCAUCUGCCGUAGAUCUAGAAAUAGCCAUUCAAUCAACCGAUCGUGUUACAAAGGAUUUGAAUGGACUCCCAUCCGCCUUCCCACCCACAUGUCCAACCACCGUAUUACCAACGAUUGUAGUUUCACCACUCACCAAUAGCUACAUGUAUAAUGAUCAACAAACCAUUGCCUAUACUGAUAUUGUAAAGGGUGGCAUUGUCCAAACCAUUGAAUUUACCAUUCUCGUUCCAUCAUUGGUCUAUGUUCAAAUUGGUUAUCAAUUCAUUACCGCCGAUCUCGACGUUCAAAUCACCAGUUCCAACAGCUACAUCUUUGGUCGUAGCAACCGUAACGUCAAUGAAAUCAAUGCUAUCCUCGAGCCAGGUACCUAUACCAUUCAAAUUACCAACCCAAUUGCCUUUGUCAACCAAUUUGACGCACAUUGCACACCAUACCAUUUGAUUGUCAAUAUCCGUGAUGCUUCCCAAGCCAACAACCAUAUUGACUGUUCCACCUUGGAUCCACUCCCAACCGAUCUCAACAGCAAUGGAUCUAUCCCAUACGGUGGUCCAAUCGAUGGUAGUGGAACUUUGACCAUGUACAGUCCAAACUUCCUCAUCCCCCUUCAACCAGUUCAAAAUGUUACCUUUUUCAUUGGUGAACCAACUUUAAUUAGUGUCUACACCAGUGAGCAAUUGGCUGCAUCUAUUGAUUAUCAAGUAGUCAAUCCAAUUACCCAACAAAUACAACCAGUACUCUAUACACUUGGUAUCCAAAACAAUAACCAACGUUCAGCUCUAUUCUUUGCCAAUGCAUCAACCAGUGGUGACACAUCGAUGGUCUUGUCAAUGAUGUUUAGCGGCAAGCUAAAGGACAACUGUCCAAACUAUGCUAUGCAAGUUGCCAUGCUCCCAUUGAGUUUGGUCAUGAAGGAUUUCACUUGUCCAUCAAACUUUAAUCCAAGUCUCCCCUCGAGUCCAAAGAUUAACGGUCAAGGUUAUUCAUCAGAUUACUUGGUCUCUUCGAUCCCAGGUUAUACCCUCUCACCAAAUGCAACUGACAACACUACCACUGGUUGGAAGUAUAGUAUUCCAUUCACAUUGACUCGUGUAUCACAUGUUGAGGCAAUGUUUAGUUUCAACUCGAUUGUCAACAACUUUAUCAUUCAAAUUGCUCAAGUCCCAACUAGUGGUGCCAGUGGUAAUCCACAUGUCAUUGGUACAGGUCAAUGGUCAUCACAAUACACUAGCGGUACCACUACACUCACUCAAUCACUCAUCAAUAACCGUCUCAAUGCCGGUCAAUACGUAUUGACUAUUACCCAUCCACCAAUGACCUCGUUUGUAGGAGCAUCCAUCUAUGGCGACCUUUGUUUCCCAUUCAUCUACUCGUUGUUGAUUCUCGACGCUCAAACUGUCUAUGCCGGCCAAGUAUCACCCGCCUCUGGUUACAACCUCUCGCCACUCAAGAAUCUCCCCAUUCAACUCGCCUUUUCCGAGCCAUUCAACGGAAAGAAUGGUCAACCAGUAACCUGCUCCAAUGGCAACAAUAUCAUCCAACAAGCAUUUGUCCUAUUGGAUCUCAAUAACAAUGUCAAUACUAUCUUUGCUACAUCUGCCAGUUGCUCAUCCAGCGACGGUCUAACAUGGUCCAUCACCUUUGCCAACAGCUCACUUGCAUCAAAUGGUGAUUACCUCUUGCAGUUGCGUAAUGGAUACAUCUUUGACACCAAUGGAAAUGCUGCUGUCCUCCCACCACAACAUCAAUACUCGAUGAUUGACACUUCAUGUUCUGGUGCCGGUAAAUUCUCUGGCAGCCAAUGUAUCUGUCAACAAGAGUAUACUGGUGUAGUCUGCGGUACCUGCGCAGUUGGUUAUACCGAUGUUAACCCCGUUCCAGGCACACCAACCUGUGUCGUUGACCAAUGUCACAUCAACACUUGUGGUUGCGACCCCACCAUCACCCAAUACUGCGUGCCAAUUGGCCAGUGCGCACCCACUGAAGCUGGUUUUGAGUGUUCAUGUCCACCCGCCUACAAUGGCACCCAAUGCGACAAGUGUUCGUUUGGUUACACUGGCUACCCCUAUUGCAAGGCCACCUAUGACUGCGGUGGUUGCGGAAAGGGAAGCUGUGACCAACACGUCGGCACCUGUUCGUGUCCAUCCAACUUCCAAGGUGACCACUGCGAAUCAUGUGCCCCAGGAUACAAUGGAAGCGACUGUAAAAAGGAUGGCUCUGGUGCCAUCAUUGCCCUCGAGGUUAUUGCCUCUAUCGUUGCCGGUGCCAUCGUUAUUGGUGGUGCUGUAUGGUACGUCAGACACCGUUUCAGAGCUGGUGUUGCCCGUUACAAGAUGUUACCAAAAUUCGAAAUUGAAGAUGAUGAUGACCGUGGUUCUUCAUCUAAAUUCCCUGGUCUCUAUGAUAGUGGUGAUGAAGAAGAAAAUGAUAAUCAAUCUUCAAAUUAUUAUAGUAUCAACAAUAAUAACAGUAGCAACAACAAAAAAUCAACAGAAAAGAAACCAAAACAACAUGUUUUCAGCUUUAAAGAACAAUCAACUAGUAUAAUGGAUGAUAGUGAUGAAGACAAUAAUAAUAAUAAUAAUCAAACUAAUACUUUUAACGAUAAAACAAAAUCUUUAUUCGAUAUCUAA